AUGGACCCUGAGCCAAAAAAUGCCGCUCCAACCCAAAUAUGCAUUACACAGAACCGAAAGAGGCCCGCAUCUGAACAGGAACGUCGAGAGAGAAAACGCGCCAUUGACCGCCAGGCUCAAAGGUCCCUUCGAGUGAAGACCAAGAUAUACAUUGCUAAGCUUGAGCGCACAAUAAAGAUACUACAGAGCAAGGAUCAUAAUGACGCAACAGCUACUCUGUUGUCUGAGAUUGAUGCCCUACGAGCAGAGAAUGAGCAGCUCAAGCACACCAUCGAGAGCGUGAAGAGCCUUGUUGGGCUCAAUGCGGUUUCGCAAGACGUCCUGUCAGCCAAACCUGGCCCUGUCACGGAAGACGCAAACCAUUCGUCAACCGCAGCAGCAGUCGGCGACACGCUGCCUGAGCCGCCUACCACUUGUAUUGAUCGUGACCCGCAACCGUCACCACUUCCUGAUGUGAACCAGUCAACUUCUAUCGGCCGUACAACCUCUGAAGAUGACCAGAAGUGGUUUGACCAACCGGAAUCUCCUGAGCAAUCAGACUUCUUUCAGCCAUUACCUUCAUCCAAUGGCCUGACCACGGUCAAUCAACCCACAAAGGCGACAAUUGAUCUUGACGGCAUGACCCUGACACCAGAUCCAGACAAGCCAGUCACUCCAGAUUAUGACAGAGAGGUAACCCACAGUCCAGGACACCGACCUCUGUCUAGAUUUGCGCCAGAGAAGAAGGCUGAAGAGAUAAUACAAGAGUUAUUAGAAGCAGCCCCAUAUUCAUUAAUGAUACAAGAGAUCUUGGGCUCAAAAGUAGUACUAUCCCUUGCUCACCAUUCUCCACAUCGGCCGCCUUCUCCAAGCCUCACGCUGUCCGAAUAA